AAAUGCCCCACAAGCUAUUAAAGGUGUCAGUUGCGCAAAAUGCAGUCAAUUGAAGGGUGACAAGCCAUUAUCAGGUUCAUUCUCUGUGGGUGCAUGAGUAACGUGCUCGUCAGCCAGCGUCACAGCUCCACGGACGUGUGCGCGCCACCCCAGACGCGUGGCCACGGUGGUGAGAAGCACAUACCGCACAGGCGGCAACGUGGAGAUCAGGCGCUCUUUUUAGGAAUAAAAAACAAUCCUCCGGAAAACGCAACCUUUCUGUUCUGUGUCUAUUUUUUUUAUUUUUUUUUUUUUGCGGCGAGCUCCGGAUAAGUGAGGCUUUCAGAGCAGCACUGUUGCUCUCUUGCAAGCCAGGCAGAUGCUCAUAAGCUCCGCGAGCAGAGAGGGUGUCCUCUGUGCGGAUGCGGCUCCACGCACCAGUUUUGGGAGAAUAUUGUCACAUCUUGUCUGUUAGACAGUCACCAGAGACAUCAACCCAUCUCCUUCCAAAGACCUGCACUUCUUCCAGACAUCAGUGAAGACGGGACAGCAAUUCUCAAAAAGGGUGUGAAUGCGUUUGUAGGACUUGGACCACCUGUGCUCCCCCCUGCCCAUAGAGAUGCAGGGUUGCAUGCGUGUGUGCCAAGGUUGAGAAGAGUUGCUAACCAGGCUAUGAGAGCAUCCCGCUCUUGGAUGCGGAGUUAAGUGACAGGAGCUGAAGCGGAGGCUGACUGAGGAGUCGCCAUGGGGCUUGGACAGUCCAGCAAGUCUCCCAUCACGGGUGAGACCGACGAGGUUAAUUUUGACCACUUCCAGAUCCUCAGAGCAAUAGGAAAAGGAAGCUUUGGCAAGGUUUGCAUCGUGCAGAAGAAAGACACCAAGAAGAUGUACGCUAUGAAAUACAUGAACAAGUUAAAAUGUGUGGAGCGUAAUGAAGUGAGGAACGUCCUGAAAGAGCUGCAGAUCAUGCAGAACCUGGAGCAUCCUUUUCUGGUCAACAUCUGGUAUUCCUUCCAGGAUGAGGAGGACAUGUUUAUGGUGGUAGAUUUGCUCCUUGGAGGAGACCUGCGCUAUCAUCUGCAGCAGAACGUUCAUUUCUCCGAGAGCACGGUCAAGCUGUAUAUCUGCGAAUUGGCUCUGGCUCUGGGAUACCUGCGCUCCAAGCACAUUAUACACAGAGACAUCAAGCCUGACAACAUACUACUGGAUGAACAUGGUCACGUCCAUCUAACUGACUUCAACAUUGCAGCCAUUGUGAAAGAUGACCUCAAGGCAACAUCCAUUGCAGGGACGAAACCGUACAUGGCUCCGGAGUUAUUUCACAACUUUGAAGGCUCCCAUCCUGGUUACUCCUUCUCAGUGGAUUGGUGGUCACUGGGCAUCACAGCUUACGAGCUGCUCAGAGGGCAGAGGCCCUACGUGAUGAGGUCCAGCACCCCAGCCAAUGAAAUCCUUCACACCUUCCACAAGGUCCACCUCAGCUUCCCAACAGCGUGGUCCUCAGAGAUGAAGUCGCUUCUCAGAAAGUUGCUCUGCAUAGACGUCCACAAGCGCAUUUCCUGUUUGGCAGAACUGCAAGAUCUGGACUACAUGUCGGACGUCAGUUGGGACAGUGUGCUCAACAAGCAGAUUCCUCCGGGCUUUAUUCCCAAUAAACGGCGACUAAACUGUGAUCCUACAUUUGAGCUGGAGGAAAUGAUCCUGGAGUCCAAACCUCUUCACAAAAAGAAAAAGAGGCUGGCUCGAAAGACCAAGGACCAAGGUUCCGAUGGGUCACCGCAGAAUGGUCAGUUGCAGCAACGUUUGGAGAACAUCCAGAGAGACUUUAUCAUCUUCAACAGAGAAAAGUCAAAGAGAGCAGCUGCAGAUUCGGACUCAACUGAACUAUCCAAAAGUAACAAGAGUAAAGCAAUAGAGGACGGUCAGAACAACAAUGUGGAACCUGUUUCUUUUUUAUCAGGAUAAAGAACCGGAUUCAAGCCCCCCCCCCCACACACACACACACACACAUUUUGUUCCGUGUCUCCCGUCAUUGUUUGUAGAUCAGCACCUCCGUCCCGCAACUGAUAUAAGCGGGUUGCCUCAACGAACGUUGCAAAGACUUGACGAGUACAGGGUGAGUGAAGAGACUCUUUACGUGCAUCACGGCAGAAUUUUUAUUUUUUUCCCCUGACCUUGAAGGGUAUGUACAGUAUGUCGCGUUUUGCUCUGUUACGUCACAAGAGAGAACUGUGGAGCAAACGUUCUGCUGGACACUUUAUCUACAUUUAGUUUGGUUCAACUUCAAGUCAGGAAUGGUAAUGCGCCUCGAAGAUAGUAGACUUGGUUUUGAUUGGAAGGUUUGUAUCAGUGCUCUGAGAUAGCUUUUUUUCCCUUGGUCGUUUGUGACCUUUCUGCAGGGUCGACCCACUUUCAUUUUGAAAAAGGCAAAAUAUGCAUUUUUCCGCAAUUCAGAAGAGUUGCCACAUGUGGAUUAAGCAUCAGAGAACACUUGACAUCCCGUAUUUCUUGUUUUGCGUCUAAGUCCGGGCUGCUCCGAAGAAGCUAGCGCUUUUAAUAUGUGUAUCCAGCAAAAUGCAGCUCUGCUUACCUUUUGGCUUUGAUGUAGUGUUUCCGUCAGUGUAGAUUGGAGGACACUGAAAGUUGCUUGAAGGUGGCUCCGGAGCUUUAGCUAGCCCCAUUAUGUCGUGGUUGGAGAAUUACCCCCCACUGCAGAAUUUCAUAUUUGAUGUGUUGUGCAGAAAGCCCGAAGCUCCAGCUACAGUUUUCCACACUACUCGUGGGGGAUAUAUUGACCCCCUGACCCUUCCCAAAUCAAAUUGUCUAUAGAUGCCAUAAAAUGGCAGCAAAGCACUACUUUUCUAUCAGACAGGAACUAACUAAAUGAAGCUCCUCCCCUCACCAAAAAAAGACUUUUAUACGAGUACCAUACUAAUGUCUGAGCACAACGACAGCAGUGAUUUAGCAGUGAUCACAUUCUAAUUAAUAAACACUGGCUUUCAUUCAUGCUUGUUAAUUCCUUGACGUUACACAGUUUGAUAUUUGUAUCUGUUUUUAAAUGCUUCUAGCACUUUUUCACCCUAAAAUGGGCACAGUGUUUGGAUUUGUGUCGAUGUUGGUAUUUGUUGUAAACGUCAUUUUGCACAUUUUUUCUUUAACCGUACAACACUGCAAUAGGAGCAGUCAGUGGGAGAGGGAGGGGUUAGUAAAAUAUACAAUAUGCUUUAAAACGUGUAUGGCAGACAAAGGCAAACAGACCUGUGAAUUUGAAAAUGGAGGUUUUGUUGUCCCUCACUUGUCACUGUAUGUUUCUUCUACUGUAUCUUUUAAGGUGUGCCUUAAAUAACUUUGUUCCCAAACCAAACUGACUCUGCCUUCAUGCAUUUUUUACAUGUACCGUUUUAAAUCAUUUUUAAAAAUCAUACUGGAAGAAAUAGAAACAUAUUUCUUAGUAUUGCUGUGUUGCUAGCCUCCCCUAGUGCUCAGAUGUAUGAUUGCUGUGUUGCUAUUAAUAUGGUGGCUUAAACAUCCAUCCAUCCAUUUCUGAGAAUGGACAACACUUGAAUAGAAUAGAAUAUAUUUGGCAGUGCAUCAAAAAUGUGGAGGUCACAGAGGCUGGAGUGGAUGAUUCACUCUUACGUCAUCCACAAUCUAACGUCAUUCAGCGUUGCUCUUUAUUGUUGCCCCAAAAGCUUUGCUGAGUCAUUCGUGUCCAUACGAUGCUUCAUUUUUGUUGAUACCACGCCAGUAAACAGACAAGCUAGCCAAAGUGGGAGAAUAAUAUGCUGUGUUGGCCAUUGACAUGUGCUUUUUAGGUGAAACAGCAAAAACACUUCAGUUAAUUGUGACUCCUGUUUUUAUUCCAGAAUCAAGUCAGACCACCACAUUACAUUUUUUUUUCCACCUCUGCCAUUUUGAGAGUUGAUACAUCAACAUAAAAACAAAUCACUAUGAAUACAAAAAUAACACAACUUGAUUUCUGCAAAGAUGUUUUAGGGCCACACUGAUAUUUAAAAGACCCAAUUUUACCCAAUAGUGUGUUUAAUUAAUUCUGAACGCUGAUGUGACCUGAUGCACCCCAAGAAUUUGUGACUACCGUAAUUUUUGGACUUUAAGACGCUAUUUUUUUACACAAGCUUUGAACCUUGCGCUUUAUAGACCAGUGCUACUUAUCUAUGGAUUUUUCAUGAUUUUUAUGAUACUGUUAGAGGAUUUGUUUUGUUGAUACAGCUCAUAGAAAUGUGGACAUUUAAUUUAAAACAACUGCAUCUUAUAGUCUGGUGCGACUUAUAUAUGAACGAAACAGGAUUUUCAUUUGGAAUGUGAAAAGAAAGUAGAGCCAGAGGCUUGACGGGGUUUUUUAAAGCAUCGUUUCUUCUUUUAUUGUGGAUACAGGGUCACAUGUACAGAUCUUUGAAUUUUAGUUCUCAUUUUCAAGAUGACCUCUGGUAGACAUUAAGCGGUACAAAGAAAUGUUUCUUGGUUUUUCUUUUACAAUUUCUUUUGCUACUUUUUUUCAAAUACUCAUCAUUCAGUACAUCACAUGGAUGGGGUCGCCAUGGAGACGAGUUGACAAAGAAAUCAUGGAUCAUGUCACCAGAAU